AUGUCUCCCCGACUAUUACCACCCAGCACUUCCGUCUGCUGCAGAACCACAUCUACGGCGCGCUUGAGCUCUCUGACUGCCUGCCUGGCGGGCCUGGCGAUUCAGCAAACUCGCCAUGCGUCCAUCCUCGGCAGUCUCGCGAACAACAAGGGCGCGGUCCACGUCAAGAAGCGAGUAGGUCGAGGGCCUUCGUCUGGCCACGGCAAGACAUCCGGACGGGGUCACAAGGGUCAAAGGCAGCACGGCAAGGUGAAUGCCUGGUUUCAGGGCGGUCAGACGCCCUUGGUUGUGAAGCAUGGACGUAUGGGCUUUACGAAUCUGCGAGCGCCCGAAAUGUCCCAAGUAAACCUCGAUCAGAUCCAAGAAUGGAUCAACCAGGGCCGGCUGGACCCGACGAAGCAGAUCACGCCCAAGGAGCUCAUCCAGAGCAGACUGGUGGGCAGCGUCAAGGACGGCGUCAAGAUUCUCUCGCGCGGAUCCGAGUGCCUGAAGCAGCCCAUCGACGUCAUGGUUUCGCGGGCCUCGGCGGGCGCGAUCGCGGCGAUUGAGGCGGCUGGCGGGAAAGUAACUACGAGGUACUACACCAAGUUGGCGAUCCAGCGGCUGCUGCGAGGCGAGUCUGUCAACACGGAUGUGCCCCUUCCCGUGGGCGAGGAGCAUGUCGAGAGGGUGCUCGCAGAGGCCAGGAGGGCGCCGUUCCGGUACAGACUGCCUGACCCGACGAGCCGGCGGGACAUUGAGUACUACCGAGACCCAGCGCACAGGGGGUAUCUGAGUUAUCAGCUGGCUCCUGGACAAUCGCCCAGCUUGUACUUCAAGGUGCCUGGGGAGCGCAAGGUGAAGAACGCAGCCAAGGCGGAGAAGAGGGCAACUGAGGAGACUUUGUGGUAG